CGCCCGGCGCUUCUGGUUGGUCUCGCCCGCUACAUCCCAGUCUGCCUUGCGACGGCGCUUCCUUUCCGUUCGGUUCUCCGCCGAGCAGGCAGCCAUGGCGCCCAGCCGCAACGGCACGAUCCUCAAGCCGCACUUCCACAAGGACUGGCAGCGGCGCGUGGCCACCUGGUUCAACCAGCCGGCGCGGAAGACCCGCAGGCGCAAGGCCCGGCAGGCCAAGGCGCGCCGCCUCGCCCCGCGCCCCGCCUCGGGGCCCGUGCGGCCGGCUGUGCGCUGCCCCUCGGUGCGCUACCACACGCGGUCGCGCGCCGGCCGAGGCUUCAGCCUGGAAGAGCUGAGGGUGGCCGGCAUCCACAAGAAGUUGGCCCGGACCAUCGGCAUCUCCGUGGAUCCGAGGCGGCGGAACAAGUCCACCGAGUCCCUGCAGGCCAACGUGCAGCGGCUGAAGGAGUACCGCUCCAGGCUCAUCCUCUUCCCCAGGAAGCCCUCGGCCCCCAAGAAGGGCGACAGCUCGGCUGAAGAACUCAAAUUGGCCACCCAGUUGACGGGACCAGUAAUGCCCAUACGGAACGUCUACAAGAAGGAGAAAGCCAGAGUUAUCACCGAGGAGGAGAAGAACUUCAAGGCAUUUGCCAGUCUUCGCAUGGCCCGCGCUAACGCCCGGCUCUUUGGCAUCCGGGCAAAAAGGGCCAAGGAAGCUGCAGAACAGGAUGUGGAAAAGAAAAAAUAAAGCCCUGUUGUGGACUUUGAAUAAGUCAGUAGUAA